UUCUUUGGCGAACAAUUUAAAUGAUUACAAGCAAUAAAAAUAAGAGUUGGUAGAAUUAGUAAACAUUUCUUAACCCUUAUUAAAUUACUUAGUUUUACUUGAAAUAAAGCAUUUGAGAGUUUAAAUAAGAUAGCUUUUGGCUUUAUUUAAUUUAACUGACCUAUUAUAUUAUUCAUUGUCCUUUUGUUUAAUCUAGCAACAAUAUGAUGAAGGAUAAUUUUUGAUAAAAUUAACAAUUUAUUUGUAAAAGGAUAAAUUAUCUUAGAAAAGCCAAUAUGCAUAGAUCUAUUAAGCAAUGAAAAAAGUUACAAACCCUUAUAACUCACAAGGACAUUUUUUAUUAAAAUCUUCCUAAGCAAACAGCUUGAAAAAGAAGUACUAUUUAUAUGUCUUGUAAUGCACUUUUUUGAUGUAGCUGAUGGAGAGGAAAUAUUUAUUGUUUUAGAAGCAAAUUAAAUUAUUUUGAG